AUGGGUACUAGAAGCCUGAAAAGCGGUGCUGAUGUGAAAAGAAAUGAAGCGUUAUCAUUGAACCAAGAAACUGCUCCUCAACACGAAACUCCUUCUCAAAUACAACACAAGACUAAAUCUACUGUCGUCAAGAUCGCUCUCUUGACCACAUUAUGCCUCGAAAACCUCGUUGUCUUUGGGGAGAUCUCAGUGCUAGCGCCGUUCUUUUCUACAGAGGUAGGUAUAUGUAGAAGAUGACCUUAUUUGGUUCUAUAGAAAUUUAUGCCAGUGAAGUGGAAGAGAUUCACACUUAGGAAAUUUUUGGGCUUAAAGAGAAGUUUUUCAUACAGUGGAGUUCAGUUGUGGUGACUUACCCACAGAAGGUAUUCGAGGUAUUCGAAGGUAUUCAAUAUAAUCACUAAAGUGUUAACUUGUUUUUUGUGCUUAACAAAACCAGUAAGAGUAACGGAUGAAUGAUAGCUGCAUGAUCAUCGCUACAGUUAUGUUCCAUACGCUUUCACGCUGUCCUUAAACACACCCUCACCCAUACCCUUUAAAUCAACCCCACCCUCAGCCCCACCCUUAGACUCACACUCACCCCCACCCUCACCCUCCACCCUCACGCUUACCCUUACCCUCACCCUUGGUGUUACCCUUACCCUCGUUUUAGCAACUGCGCCACUAUUUGGAUUUCGGAUAUUGAUUACCAUAAAACUUGGUGGACUAUAGCAUGGAAUUUCUUCAGGAGUUAAUCAUUUUCCUCCAAACGUCCAAAUAUGCCAUAGCAAUGGAGGAGUUUCCUGAUGUGUUGACAACAGCUGUGGUAGGUUAUGAUAACUGCACGAAUCUUAUGAUGAGUUUGUUGAAGAAGAGCCUGUGUGGGAACGACGAAUUUUGGAAUACUUUUGUGAAAAAAAUAUUUAAACUGGGGAUUUAGGUGUAAGGAUUCUGACACUAGAACAGGAAAGUUAUGUAAUCCCCAGUAAUUAUUUUCAUUAACUUCAUUACCAUCAUCAUCAUUAUCAUCAGCGUCAUGAUUAUUAUCACUGUUGUUAUUAUAAUUAAUUAUCAUUAUCAUUAUUAUUUUUUACUAUUUUACUAACUGAACAGGUUGUGUUGGAAAACUAUUUCUCAAAUUCUAAUGCAGGGUAUAACAGAGAGUUUUGGCGGUCUUGGACUGUCCAUCAGUCCCACUGUUGGAGGAUUUCUUUUCUCGGUAAGGAUUAAAGUGUUAAAAAAAAAAAAGAAACUGCAGAAAGGCUUGCUUCCUUUUACCUCACCCAACAAAAGCUUCCUAGACCUUGAGCAGUCUCUUUAGGUGAUUCAUUGGUUUUUGCUGCGGCGCAUAUCUCACUGUGCAUAUGAAGAUGGUGGCCGUGAACAUCACGGAAAGAUUACUAAAAUAAGGUUGAUUGAAGGAAAAGUUACUGAAAAUUUUCAAGAGACUGUUUUUCUGAAAGAGAUGAGCCUUCAUAGUCUCUGAACUGAUGUGCAUAAAGUAAUCAGUAGGCGCGUUAAUUUACUUUAAUAGAUGUCAAACCUGUGCCCAGCCACUACAGUUGGCAUAUAGGCUCUAUCUUUAUCAUACUGCGCCCUAAUUGCGAUAUCUUAGUUUGAAUGAUCCCCAUUUUUAAUUUCAUGAUUUUUAUAAGAACAGUGUUUCCUUUCAUUGAGAAGAAAAUUUAUAGGAAAAUAUAUGGCAUGCUUUUUUGGCAAUUUAACUAAAUUAAACGAAUUGAGCUACAACGAGUCGAACAGACUAUAUCCAAAUUACGUCUACCUUGGAAAGUGAAGUCAAAACAAAGGUAUUCAAAGGCAUUUUUCUAGGGCGUAGGAAGCAGACUCUAUGCGAAAUCGCAUUCUUUUUGGAAAACGUUUAGCCCAUUUGUCUAGUUUGGGGUUGUGUGCGCUUAUUGAUAGGGGCGCUUAUAAGCCAUACUUGUCAGUAUUGCGCCGUUCCGCGGAGAAGAGCAUGGUAACCCCAUGGUGGCCCUCACUACGUUUUUACAUUACGUUUUUGAUUUGUUACGACAGAGUUCCAAGUUUCAUCUAAAAUCUUUGACGAGUUCUUCCAGGGGAAUCACCUAACGUUCCUUCAAAGCUAGUGUAUUAGCACGCAAAGCACGAGAACGGCAAUCGGCGAAGCCGCUAGGAGCGCGCGGGGGCGUGAGCGUGAGCCAGUUAGAGAGUACGAAAAGCGCAUUUCCUAUCUCGCACGCUAAUUGCGUGCGUGGCUAUUUCCUUCUCUGGCGCCCUAUGUUCGAUGAAAUAAGAAAUCAGAGAGGCUGGUUGUUAUCUAACAGUGUCCCCUUGUUUUUUGGGUUCUUUUUUGCCCACCCCCCGCUUUUGUGGAAAAGAACUGCUUUCUAAAACAAUAUUAAUUUUCAUAUUGUGUAUUACAUUAGAUUGGCGGUUACAAGCUUCCGUUUUAUUGUCAUUGGAUUUCUGAUGUUGUCUGUUUUGCCACUUGCCAUCUUAACGUUUCGUCUCAUACGAGAAAAGGAUCAAGGUUAGGGAAAUUUUAUUGCAUUUUCUGCUUUGCAUUACUACAAAAUAGUGUUUUAAUAAAUGGGUGUCUGCGCUCGUGAUUUUUCAUCACUCGCAUCUUCAAUAUGAGUCUAUUCUGCCCGCAUUCAUCCAUCCUCCUCCAGUUUAAUGUGAGUUGUCUGCAGGGGAGGCUGAGUUUCUACUUUCGUUUUUUUUUUCUUUUUUUUUCACCUUUUUUCAAUUUUGUUCCUCACGUUUGCUUCGAGUUCUUUAUUCCCUCGUUUUAGCAACUGCGCCACUAUUUGGAUUUCGGAUAUUGAUUACCAUAAAACUUGGUGGACUAUAGCAUGGAAUUUCUUCAGGAGUUAAUCAUUUGAGAAGCUACUUCAAACACUGGAAACAAUGUUUUAUACGGAAAUAGUACUCCGGACAUCGAAAUAGGUGUUCAAACCCCUUUCUUAAUGUAAACAUGAGCUGUAGUUAACCGGUAUUACUGAACAAUCUUAUUUUAGGCGCUGAACAGAGGAGUAUCGGGUUCUGUGGUUGGAAUUGUUUUUGGAAGUUAUCCACUGACAGUUGUCCUUUCUUCCCCAAUUAUUGGACAGUUGGUUGGUAUCAGUUAUUAUUUUCAUAUUGAUACAAUAAGCCUGAGAUCAUUGUACAUUAUUAAAAUGGGGGAGGGAACAAUACAAGUAUCUCUCGUUUAUUACCUCUAUAAACAGUCUGCAAGUGAAAUUCUAGGCCAAGACGUUUAAAUGAGAGUUUCGUUUUUUCGUUUUCCGCGGGUCCAGUUUUAGAAGCUUAUAGCGGGUCACUAUGGUGUAGAAGCGUUGGCGGUUAAUAAUUUCGCUUUCUUUACAACUAACGGUUAAUUUCUCUCUAUUUCGGUUAAAAGACAUUUCUAAAAUAGUCAACUGUUUCAAAAGUUAAAAAUUAAUGUUAACCAUAGGAAGUUUAACUGUUAAUGAUUAAUCCCAAUGAGAUCCUCAUAUAUUUUAGGUUCUUAUUUAAGAAACCCUAUCCCUCCCCCAACCCCACCCUCACCACCUUCGCCGCAAAAACCGUUAUUUCCAAAUUCCAGGCAGUUGAAGAACACAGGUUUGUUAGUCACGAACGUAGACCGUUAAUUUCGCAUCACUCAGACGUAAAUAGCUGGCAUAGUAGGGAAAGGGGGAUCAAUGCCCGCCCUUUCGUGCGCCUUAAUCCCUCCCCUUUCUUGCCCUUUCAAACAACAGUCACGCAGGUUAAGUAGAAGAAUAACGUACAUUGUUAUUUGUUGUUGUUUAAGUGCUUACAUGUUAAAUAAAAGUGUAUACCACAUUUAACAGGUGUCAAAAUAUGGUCCUCGUCUUGUUUUUAUAUGCGGUAUUAUUGUUGGCAGCUCUUCUCUGUUUUUAUUUGGGUAAGUUAUCAUUGUAAAAUGGAAACAACUGUUAGAUGAAAAUUAAAGGUAACGUUAAACCAUUUAAGUACCAGCGAUUUCACUCAGGGAUGUGACUUUAAUUUCAUUUUGGUUUUUUUCAAAAUAUGGCAUUCUAUAGAGAGGAGAAGUGGGAACGUGACGUAACGACUUCUACUCUAUUAUUCUACUACUAAGGCGAGUUUUAACCGCCAAAAAAAAUUGGCAAUCAGCAUUUUUGUUUAUGGCUUUGACUAGAAUAGCUAGAAAAAACACGCAUCGCGUUAACAAAUGCCCUUUUCUUGUGUUCAUAGAUUGGGUGAAGUUAUUCAUAAUCCAGUGGCAUUCACGACAGUAAGUCUUUUUCUUAGGAUUAUGUCCGCUAUCGCAGGAGCAGCCCUCCAAACGUCCAAAUAUGCCAUAGCAAUGGAGGAGUUUCCUGAUGUGUUGACAACAGCUGUGGUAGGUUAUGAUAACUGCACGAAUCUUAUGAUGAGUUUGUUGAAGAAGAGCCUGUGUGGGAACGACGAAUUUUGGAAUACUUUUGUGAAAAAAAUAUUUAAACUGGGGAUUUAGGUGUAAGGAUUCUGACACUAGAACAGGAAAGUUAUGUAAUCCCCAGUAAUUAUUUUCAUUAACUUCAUUACCAUCAUCAUCAUUAUCAUCAGCGUCAUGAUUAUUAUCACUGUUGUUAUUAUAAUUAAUUAUCAUUAUCAUUAUUAUUUUUUACUAUUUUACUAACUGAACAGGUUGUGUUGGAAAACUAUUUCUCAAAUUCUAAUGCAGGGUAUAACAGAGAGUUUUGGCGGUCUUGGACUGUCCAUCAGUCCCACUGUUGGAGGAUUUCUUUUCUCGGUAAGGAUUAAAGUGUUAAAAAAAAAAAAGAAACUGCAGAAAGGCUUGCUUCCUUUUACCUCACCCAACAAAAGCUUCCUAGACCUUGAGCAGUCUCUUUAGGUGAUUCAUUGGUUUUUGCUGCGGCGCAUAUCUCACUGUGCAUAUGAAGAUGGUGGCCGUGAACAUCACGGAAAGAUUACUAAAAUAAGGUUGAUUGAAGGAAAAGUUACUGAAAAUUUUCAAGAGACUGUUUUUCUGAAAGAGAUGAGCCUUCAUAGUCUCUGAACUGAUGUGCAUAAAGUAAUCAGUAGGCGCGUUAAUUUACUUUAAUAGAUGUCAAACCUGUGCCCAGCCACUACAGUUGGCAUAUAGGCUCUAUCUUUAUCAUACUGCGCCCUAAUUGCGAUAUCUUAGUUUGAAUGAUCCCCAUUUUUAAUUUCAUGAUUUUUAUAAGAACAGUGUUUCCUUUCAUUGAGAAGAAAAUUUAUAGGAAAAUAUAUGGCAUGCUUUUUUGGCAAUUUAACUAAAUUAAACGAAUUGAGCUACAACGAGUCGAACAGACUAUAUCCAAAUUACGUCUACCUUGGAAAGUGAAGUCAAAACAAAGGUAUUCAAAGGCAUUUUUCUAGGGCGUAGGAAGCAGACUCUAUGCGAAAUCGCAUUCUUUUUGGAAAACGUUUAGCCCAUUUGUCUAGUUUGGGGUUGUGUGCGCUUAUUGAUAGGGGCGCUUAUAAGCCAUACUUGUCAGUAUUGCGCCGUUCCGCGGAGAAGAGCAUGGUAACCCCAUGGUGGCCCUCACUACGUUUUUACAUUACGUUUUUGAUUUGUUACGACAGAGUUCCAAGUUUCAUCUAAAAUCUUUGACGAGUUCUUCCAGGGGAAUCACCUAACGUUCCUUCAAAGCUAGUGUAUUAGCACGCAAAGCACGAGAACGGCAAUCGGCGAAGCCGCUAGGAGCGCGCGGGGGCGUGAGCGUGAGCCAGUUAGAGAGUACGAAAAGCGCAUUUCCUAUCUCGCACGCUAAUUGCGUGCGUGGCUAUUUCCUUCUCUGGCGCCCUAUGUUCGAUGAAAUAAGAAAUCAGAGAGGCUGGUUGUUAUCUAACAGUGUCCCCUUGUUUUUUGGGUUCUUUUUUGCCCACCCCCCGCUUUUGUGGAAAAGAACUGCUUUCUAAAACAAUAUUAAUUUUCAUAUUGUGUAUUACAUUAGAUUGGCGGUUACAAGCUUCCGUUUUAUUGUCAUUGGAUUUCUGAUGUUGUCUGUUUUGCCACUUGCCAUCUUAACGUUUCGUCUCAUACGAGAAAAGGAUCAAGGUUAGGGAAAUUUUAUUGCAUUUUCUGCUUUGCAUUACUACAAAAUAGUGUUUUAAUAAAUGGGUGUCUGCGCUCGUGAUUUUUCAUCACUCGCAUCUUCAAUAUGAGUCUAUUCUGCCCGCAUUCAUCCAUCCUCCUCCAGUUUAAUGUGAGUUGUCUGCAGGGGAGGCUGAGUUUCUACUUUCGUUUUUUUUUUCUUUUUUUUUCACCUUUUUUCAAUUUUGUUCCUCACGUUUGCUUCGAGUUCUUUAUGAAGAAAACUCGACGUAUUUUUCUCUAAUAAGACAAACUGAAAGCAAAGACACACCUACAGUAACCCACGGCCUUGCCGAGGUGAGCACAAAGCAUUCCUUUAAGCACUAGCUCCACACAACACAUUGACCGCUUUUUCGACAUAAAAACGCGAUUCNAGGGAGGUUGGAAGGUCCAACUUUGCGACCAAAACCAACCUGUAAUUAAGGUAGAAUAGGGGAAUUUCGGAUUUCUCCAAAACGAUUUUAAAAUUCUAUAGUUAUGUCAAAGGCAAAACAACUGAGGUAAAGUUUCGUGAUUCCCAAACUGAAUUGCUCUAGAAGCCACGCACAGACUAAGAAACUGUUCCUUUCCUUAUUAUGCAAACGAGCCCAUGAAAAUUUACCAACAGAACGGGAACGUCAGUUGACGAGGGCGCGCGGAAAUCAAACAACUGGCUUGAGCAAUGGCAGAGAUGCAAAUUUGACACCGGAAGUCGCGUUUAGUCUUUUCCGCGCGCUUUCCCGUCAUCAACUGACGUUCCCGUUCUGAUGCUAAAUCAGGUUCAGAACGCAGUUCCCUGGUCCCUCCCCUAGCUAUGUGAAUCGGUCUAUCACUGAAAAGGUAAAAGUGAGGUAAACAUAUGGCGAGGCCACGUUGGAACUAUUUAAAGAAUUUUAGAGGAUUUUAGACGAUAACUGUUUUUUUAUAUUACUCCUUGCUCACAGAAGCCAGCAUUAGUCUAAAAAGAGAAACGGUAUCCAAAUGGCAACUACUCAAGAUACCAGAAGUUAUCAUCAUCGGUAUGUUCCUAAUCUCUCGAGCCCUAGACCACAUUUAGAUCUCCGUCAUUUACAUCAGACAACAUCAAAUCUCAGAUAUAGGUUGUGGAAGGAAUCAUAGUAGCAACAACUGUAAAGUUUGUAACUAAACACCUAAGGUUCUUAAGGUUUAUAGAAGGGUAGAGCUUGAAAAUCCAAGCAAAUUUAAAUAAGAAGGAAACGAAUAACUAGGAAGGGGGAAAAAAAACUUAAGAAUAACAAUCAUAAGCGUGUCUGAGGCAAGCCAUUGCAUUUUAGUAACAAAUAAUUCCAAGCACGAGGUCUACAGGAAAAAAAAAUACGAAUUUGCUUAAACCCUGAUCGCCUGGAUAACCUGAAGACCCUAAACAACAGUGUAAUACUACCGUGAGGUCUCCAACUACCAGCAGAUCAGUUUCUUAACAUGGAUUAAUUGUUUUGUGUUAUCAUUGGCAGCCAUGUGUUAUGUAGCUGUUGGUUCCUCCUAUAG